UCCUCCACCCAGCUCCGCUCGCCCCUCUCCCGGCAGCCGGCCACUCUCUCAGAGCCCUCCUGCAAAAGGCCCUGUCCACUCUGCCAAGAUGUCCAAGGUUGCCAAGUACCGCCGCCAGGUGAGCGAGGACCCCGAUAUCGACAGUCUGCUGUCCACCUUGUCCCCGGAGGAGGUGGAGGAGCUGGAGAAAGAGCUGGACCUGGCAGACCCGGACAGGAGCGUUCCCGUGGGGCUGCGCCAGAGAAACCAGAUGGACAAGCCGCCCACGGGCGUGUACAACCGAGAAGCCAUGCUCAACUUCUGUGGGAAGGAGACCAAGAAGCUCCUGCAGAGGGAGAUGUCUGUGGAUGAAAGCAAACCAGUGGAGACCAAGGCGGAUGCCAAGAAUGGAGAGGAAAGGGGCAAAGAUGCCGGCAGAAAACCCCUGGGCCCCAGGCGGGACUCUGAUCUGGGGGGGAAAGAGCCCAAGAGGGGUGCCUUAAAGAAAAGCUUCUCCCGAGACAAAGACGGAGCUGACGGCAGACGGGAGGAGAAGCCCAAGGACGAGAAGGUCAUCAGGGGCAUUGACAAGGGCCGGGUCAGGGCCGCAGUGGACAGGAAGGAGACAGGUCAGGACGGCAAGAGCGAGGAGAAGGCCGGGGCCACGAGGAAGGGAGAGAAGGAAGGGAGCGACCGGAGCCCCGAGGUGGGCCGAGACGCGGGGAAGAAGGGGGAGGGGCCGAUGCCCCCGGCCCCCGAAGAGGCGAAGGCCAAGGUAAAGGGGCCAAGUAGAAGCCCGGCCGCCGCCAGAGAGGCUGAGCAGAAGACCGGGGAGCGUGCGGGCCCAGGCGCCAGGACGCAGGAGGAGAGGCCACAGGGAGGAAGCGGGACCCAGGACACCAAAGCGGAGGGCGGGAAAGCCCCGAAGCACGGACCCUCCAGCGAGAAGGGACCCCAGCGAGUGAGCGAGGCCGGGGUGCAGGAGGGAGGCGGGGCCGGCCCGCCCGCCCCCGGAGGCCCCGCCCAGGCCGUGGAUGGCCCCGCCCAGGUGGAGGAGGAGGCGGCUCCCAGCAUAUUUGACGAGCCCCUGGAGAAAGUGAGGAACAACGACCCCGAGACGACGGAGGUUAACGUCAACAACUCCGACUGCAUCACCAACGAGAUCCUGGUGCGCUUCACAGAGGCUCUGGAGUUCAACACGGUGGUCCGGGUGUUUGCCUUGGCCAACACGCGGGCGGACGACCACGUGGCCUUCGCCAUCGCCAUCAUGCUCAAGGCCAACAAGACCAUCACCAGCCUCAACCUGGACUCCAACCACAUCACGGGCAAAGGCAUCCUGGCCAUCUUCCGGGCCCUGCUGCAGAACAACACGCUGACCGAGCUCCGCUUCCACAACCAGCGCCACAUCUGCGGGGGCAAGACGGAGAUGGAGAUCGCCAAGCUGCUCAAGGAGAACACCACCCUGCUGAAGCUGGGCUACCACUUUGAGUUGGCGGGGCCCCGGAUGACCGUCACCAACCUGCUCAGCCGCAACAUGGACAAGCAGCGGCAGAAACGGCUGCAGGAGCAGAGACAGGCCCAGGAGGCCUGCGGCGGCGGCGGCAAUGGCGAGAGGAAGGCUCUGCUGGAAGUGCCCAAGGUGGGCACCCUGGCCAAGGUCUCUCCGACGCCCUCCCCGCAGCCAUCUCCAAAGCCCUCUCCAAAGAACUCACCCAAGAAGGGGGGUGCUCCGGCUGCCCCACCCCCGCCUCCGCCUCCCUUGGCCCCACCGCUUAUCGUGGAGAACCUGAAGAACUCACUCUCACCAGCGACCCAGAGGAAGAUGGGGGACAGGGUGCUCCCUGCCCAAGAGAAGAACUCUCGAGACCAGCUGCUGGCCGCCAUCCGUUCCAGCAACCUCAAGCAGCUCAAGAAGGUGGAAGUGCCCAAACUGCUUCAGUAGGACCAGACUGCCAGGCCUCACCUCCUAGGACCUCACAGACCCCAGCCCCUCACUCCUGACCGACCGAUCAACUGACCUGCUCUGGAGGUCCCGAUUCCACCACGCAGAGAGUGUGAGGCGGAGGCCGCGCUCGAGAAAGGACACCUGACCUCUCCUGGCUUUCUUUCCUGGACCCCGAGGCGCUCCCAAAAUGUCUGUGGUUGCUUUUUGUUGAUCUUGAAGCCGAGGUUUCUGGGCAAGAAGAGUCCCUUUAGCGUGCCGCUGAGAAACUGGCAUUGUCCUGAGCCCACCCAGCUGGCAAUCAGUGGAAAGCUUAUGAUCCAGGAAAGCCAUCCCCACGGGACCACAUACCCAUCCCAGCCCCAUGCCCUCCGGGCCAGGAUUCAGGCCUCUGAGGAGCCCUUGGGCCAGGCUGCUGGGUAGUAGGACCCCAUGUGGGGCAGUGGCUGAGGGACUGAGAGGGUGUGGGGCCUCAGGAGAGAGUGGGGAGGGUUGAGGACACCCCCACAGUCUUCUCCCUGUGAGCCCAGACGAAGCAGAGGAUAUGGCAGGGACAGGCAGCUACCUGGUGGUGGGGAGUGGGCUUCAGAGGGGAGGAGAGGGACAGACAGCAGCUGGACCUGAAGGUUUGAUGCCAAAGCAGCCGUUUUCCUCACCAUCUGCUGUUGUAUAAAUAGCCAUGUAUCUGUUUUUCCAUAAGAUUUUGAUAAUAUAUACAAACAUUAGCUGUGAAUGGCUCUGGUUGCUCCGUACUAACCCCCCCCCCCACGGG